AAGCGGGUGGCAUAAUAAUGAAAAAGUAGCAUUCGGCGAGUGCUGGACAUUCUAGCAUAUGUCUAUCCUUUUUCCGGUUCAGGAGUAGUAUGGUGGGGUCAACCUUUCUAUCGCCUUGAUCUAACCAUCGACCUUCCUAUUCAUCUCAAGUAUUGGAUAACCUUCUCUAAACUACAACAAGCAUUAUGAAAUUUAUACAGUUGUAUCCGUUAUUGUGGGUAAAUCUCACUCCCCUCUUACUUCCACAUGUCGCCGGAAGCCAGACGCUCUGUGGGGAAUGUAGACCUAUUAAAAUGAAGAAUGCACCAGGAGUGGGUAUCGAUCUAACUAUGGCAUAUGGGACGGUCGCAAUCCAUUUCAAAAAUGGCACCACGCGAGACCUUGGGAGGUUUGAUGGGACGCCAGAAUAUCUAUUAGCUAUGAGAACCCUUGCUGAAGAUGCUCAAAAUGUGCGAAAUGGCAUGAAGUCAUCAGUCAAAAAAAUCGAUUUCUUAACACCUCACAAGCCAUUAAAUCCUCCCAGAGAAUACUGGUGGUCUCCUUAUACAUGGUAUAGAUCGGCUCAAAGAAUGCCUCAACUAUCCGAAGAGCAGUCUAGAUUGAAAGAUGUCGGACAUUUGGCUGACAAUUCCUUUAAAGCUAUCGCUGAUAUGCUAUCUAGAAUCAAGAGCUCUGCAAUGAACAUGAUUGAUCCACCACUCGACUAUAAUUAUGUUCUUGUUACCCGGCCUGACUUUGAGCAAGGAUAUAUGCAUAAUGAUGGAUUCCGCCUGGCAUGUUAUUUGGCAGGAUUAGACAAUUUACCUUGGGGUAAUAUCGUGUCGGGUUACGCUUUACGAUAUGAAGGAGUAUAUGACGCCUGUGAUGAUGAGGGGUGGGAGAAAUAUUGCGACUUAUCGAAGCCAAAUCUACCCUCUCUUCUUGUGAUAAGCUACAAUGCAGCCAGUCUUGGUGUGACUCUGAAUAUCAGACCUUGGGGCUUGAUGCCAUCACCUGAACGUCUUAUCGAAAGUCCAACACUUGGUGCUGUUCAAGCAAAUACCACUAACCCAGAAGCUUUAGCAAAAUAUUGGACAGAGGUCAGAAAAUCUAUUGAAUCUGUGAUUAAAAACGAGACUAUUCAUUAUCUUCUUCUUCUUGGCUCACAUGCGCUCGACCCAGAGUUGCUUCGGGUGCUCAAAGAUGUGAUUGAUAGCCGUGAUGAUAUCGAUCAAUCCAUACUAGACCGGUAUAUGAAGCCUUCUUCUCGCCAAGACGAUGAAGCGAGGGCACUAUUUGCAGGGGCAAGAAAAGCAGCGAUGGAUGCUAAAUUCGGCCUGGAAUUUGGAUUUACGGCAUGCGACGAACCUUCAUGGUGUGGGACAUGGUGGGCUGAAUUAUAGAUCUAGGUUAUCAAUUGGUAGCAUUGACUUUAU